AUGUCAGAAGUCGAGGCCCAGCAAAAACAUGCUACUGAUGAAGAAGUUCUAGCCCAUUUGGGUAUCGAGCAAGAGCUCAAGAGAGAAUGGGGUGUGCUACAGAACUUUGGUGCUUCCUUUUCCAUUAUCAGUGUCAUCACUGGUAUCACUACAUUAUUCGAGACUGGUCUGCUUGUAGGAGGUCCAGCUGUCAUGAGUAUAGGAUGGUUGGUAGUAGCGUGCGUUACACUGGUAUCAGUGGGUCUUUCUAUGGCCGAAAUUGUCAGUGCAGUUCCUAGUAGUGGUGGUCCAUAUUACUGGGCAGCGGUUCUUUCCCCUCCUAAAUAUCAACCUUUUAAUGCUUGGGUCACAGGAUGGUUUAAUCUCUUGGGACAAGUUGGUGUUACUACUGGUAUUAGUUUUGGUCUUGCUGGACUGAUUUCUACUGUUUGCACUCUCAAGAACGACUAUGAACCUACCCCGGGCAAAACUAUCGGCAUUUAUGCUGCUAUUCUAGUAUCUCAUGGUCUUAUCAACACUUUUGGAGUCAAGACUCUCAAGUACUUCAAUAACACAUCAAUCAUUUUGCAUAGUCUUGGAGUUGCUUCGAUAUGUAUUGCAGUUCUUGCUAAAGCUCCAACCCACCAGUCUGCCAGUUUUGUAUUUGGCAAGUUCUUUGACGGUACUGGAACCGAUGCCCCUGGUUGGAGUAUCCGAGCCAGUAAGGAAUACGUGGCAGUGACUGGUAUUCUUAUGAGUCAGUAUACCAUCACAGGGUUCGACGCUUCGGCACACAUGUCGGAAGAGACCAAGAACGCGUCUUGGGCAGCUGCUGUAGGUGUAGUGACGUCGAUUGGUGUUUCGGCCGUGUUUGGAUUCUUUGUAAUUCUAGCAUUUUUGUUUUCUAUUCAAGAUUUCGACUCGACUGUGGCGUCUCCCACUGGCCAACCUGUUCUGCAAAUCUUUUUAGAUGUGUUUGGCGUCAACGGAGCUAUCGUUCUCAUGACUUUUAUCAUGGUGUGUGUUUGGCACUGUGGUCUGUUUUCUAUUGCCAGUAACAGUCGAAUGAUGUACUCAUUUGCCAGAGACGGAGGUCUUCCUAAGCCCCUGAGCCACGUACACGGGAAGUAUCAAGUGCCUGUACGAACCAUUUGGCUAGCGGUACUUCUUUCUUUCUGUCUAGCACUUCCAUCCUUAGGCUCGUCAGUAGCAUUUGCUGCUGCUACGUCCAUUGCUACUAUCGGUUUAUACAUCAGUUAUUCGCUGCCGGUGCUUAUCAAGCUGAUAUUCCCCCGUUAUUUCGUAAAGGGUCCCUUCAAUCUGGGUAAACUGUCCAAAUUCAUCAACAUCAUCUGCUGCUCGUGGGUGGGUUUCAUCACCGUAGCCUUCUGUCUGCCGACUGCCAACCCCGUCACCAGCCAGACCCUGAACUACUCGGCAGUAGCCGUCGGUAUCGUCGGCGGCUGGGCCCUACUGUCCUGGAUUUACUUCCGCAAACACUUCAAAGGCCCCAUCCGGCCAGAAGACAUCGAGCGCAUCGACGGCACCUACAGCCUCGAAGUGAACGCCGGACCCGACGAGAAGGGUGUCACCACCGCCAGUGGCAAGUUCUAG